AAAAUCGUAUGACUGUAUAAAAUAUAAACCAUUAUGGUGGCUGAUUUGGUACACUGCGCAGGGUUUACUUAACCUGGCAACAAUCGGAUCAUCUCGGCUAUUAUUGAUAAAAGUUCUUAUCUGAAGUAUGACGGAAAGUGUCGAGAAAAUACGAUUGAACCUAGCUACUUAAAAGAACGAAAAAUAUCGUAUAGUUUCAAACAGGCAAAAGAUUUCCAAUAAUAAUGUAUUCAGCAACGGAAAAUUCAGAUAGGUUUCCCACUUAAAGCGGUUUCCCAAACUAGGAUAACGAAUUGAAUGCGUGAAGGAAUAAUUUUAAGAUUUAGAGAGAUGUUUGCUGGCAUUUCUUCAAAAUGGGACCUCAGCUUAAGAUAAAUAGCCAAAGGGUGACCAAUCCAGAUCCGGCGGCUCUUGGCAUUAUUGUUGAAAAACCAAAAUUCCCUGACUAUGCUGAUAAAUCUAAACGUUUGGAAUCAUAUGCCACCUGGCCAGACGACAAACCAAUUGACAAACAUGAUCUCGCCGAAGCAGGCCUGGUCUACACGGGAGAAGGCGAUAACGUGAGAUGCUUUUUUUGCGGUGGUGGUUUGAGAAACUGGGAACACGGUGACAAUCCAAUGGAAGAACAUGCCAGAUGGUUUCCAAAAUGCGCUCACAUACUUCUUGUGAAGGGACAACAAUACGUUGAUAAGAUCAAUCAUGGUGAUGUUAAAAGUAAUGAGGAAUCGACUGGCGCAUGUGGCGGUUUUGAUAGGCAAGCAGAACAGGACUGUGUAGAUAUGGGGUUUUCUAGAGAAGUGAUAGAAAGAGCGAAAGUAAUUUUUAAGGAGAAACACGGUAACGUAGCCUUCAAUACAAACCAGUUAUGUGAGAUUUUGUGUGAACUCGGAUAGUUCUGACAAGGACGAAUCUC